AUGGUGAUAGGGUGAGUCUUUCUUUCAUACUCCUGUCAAUGUAGUCGACUUAGCGUUACCAUUCGUUUUGUUAGGCCUACCAAAUAGAGAGCAAGCCUACCAAAUAGAGUAUUUGUUAGGCCUACUAGAAAAUAGGCUACAUGUCAUGAGUGUGCACUUUUAUGACACCUACUCGUUUCUCAGAUCUAUAGGCCUACAUUGAUCAUAUUAUUUUUUGUAAAUUAAAGCCAAGUCUCUUGAUUUGAAUGCGAAAAUAGUAGGCCUAGUGUUCUCACGAGCUCCAAACUGCACAAAUAACUUGGAGACAAAUGUUCAUUUUGGCUAUAUUUUAAUUAAACUUAACAUGUCAAUUUUACAUAUUUAAAUGUGAUAAUUGACAUAACAUAUUAUUAUUAUUUAUUUGAAAUGGAAGUUGUUAAACUGGGAGCCAAAAACUCGAUAUGUAGGCCUAUAGCCUAUUAUUUAGCUUAUUAUUAUCCUAGUCGUAAAAUGAAAUCGUAUGUCCAUCAGUCCAAAUGAACAGCUUUCAGAACUAUGUUUUUCGUAUGUUAUCUGUUUAUAUGCUAAUUGUCUUCUAUAUCUAGUCCAUCGUUAGCCUAUGUAAAAUAGCAUGUUUUAUUGAACAAAAGUAAAACUUAUAUCUCGUGUGUAAUCGAAUAAACAAUUUUUUAUGCUACAUAAUUAUAUUUGCUGAAUAAUGUUAUUUUCUAUUGGAUUUAAACUUACAUUUAAUUAAUUUAAGUUCCUUUUUAAUGGAUGUAUCAUUGGUGAAAAAUAGCUAUUGCCAUUGUCAGGGUGUAAAGGAAGUGUUAAACUAUGUAUUUGUCAGAAAAUGCUAAAGUCACAGCGAUUUGCGUUGCAAUAAAAUAAAUGUGUAUUAGAAGGGAAGAACACGGACACAAAUAAGUGUAACCAUUAUGGGACAAAAACAAUUGGAAGGAAUUAAAUGGAUCUAAUAUUUCGAUUAUAAGAUGCUGAUUUGAUUGUUAAGUUCCUUCUUAUUCAAAUGUAAUUUAAUACAUUAAAUAUAUGACCACACACAUCUUCGUUUGAUAUGUAUGAUGUUGUGACUCUUUCAGGCCUAUAGAACUACCGAAUAUCUAUCAAGAAAUAAAACAGAUUCAAUACUUCCAUUUUCUAGUCUAGCCCACAUGCAGGCCAUCGAAUGAUAUACAUUGUUUCGUUCUGGAAAUGUUUAUUUUGGCAAUAUAUACCUGAAUGCCAAUGGGAACUUUGUAGCCCUGUAGCCUACUCUGACACAAUUCAUUUGAAAACUGAAACCUGGGUGUCUGUGCAAUGUAGGCCUAUUGUCAACUAAAUUAAAUAAACAAAAUUACAUUUUAUUUAUUUUCAUUUUAAAAGUGAUGUUGACACGAGCGGUAGAUGCUUCAUCUAGCCUAUUUGCAAUUGUUUAUUUAGCAAACAAUUACUGGUCUUGUGUCAUCACAGUGAAAAUAAUAUUAUUCCUGAAUAGACUUUGCUUUAGUGUUUUUCAUUUGGCUUCAUACAGCCCAAACACUUUGGUUAUUUUUUACAGAUUGUUGGACAGAGGGUGUAACGUGUAAUUUAUUUAUGAAAGUGGAAAAUAGCCCUAAUAAAUGAAAAUUGUCGCUGUUGCUCGAGCAAAGUAAUAGUGUAUGACGGGACAUUUGUUGAAAAAAUGGAUAGCCGUAUCUCAGACGUCAAGUUAAAAAACGUUAACAUAGCCUACAAAUUGUUUACAAAUGUGUUUAAUCAAAAUGUCCAGGCUACAAGUAGACCGAAGGAAAACUUCUAUCGAAAAGGAAACUGCCAUGAUGUUGCUGAAAAACAUUGUUUUAUUGCUUCAGUCUCAUUUGCAAACUAACAGGACCCAUAAAACGUUCUUAGAGAACUGCUCAUACCUAUAAGCAAGUUAUUUAAUAACGACAAUAGAAUUCCAUGGAUAUUUGAUCGUGUUUAGCUCUCUCGUCCGUCAGUUCAGAGGCCUCUGUGAGAAUUUUUUCACAGCAUUUUUUAUUUAUUGUAUGUGAUUCUAUCCUUCGACUAAGUUAUCCCACUGCCUCGUUUUGGAUUCACACAUCAGACUAUAAUGUGCUAAGGUAAGAUGAAAAUGUGUAGCUGAUUUUGUACAGAGCCAACAAGAGAUAAAGAACAUUCACGUUUUAUUUAUUUUCCCCUAAGUUUGUAUUUAGUGCAUCCUCCUUUGGCAUGGCAGCUUUUGCUCUCUCUUUCUCUCUCUCACACACACACUUCUUUAAAUAUUCGGUUGGUGUUCUGCUUCCACUUGUCAUAAGAAUGUUCUCAUGGGCAAAAUUAUUUUCUUAACUUGUCUUCUUCAUGAGUCCAAAGAUUUUGAACUGUGAUGGACAAGAACACUGGUUCAAUGGUCCCUUGAUAUUUUAUUAUUUGGAUUCAUGCUUUUGACCAUCCCCAUAACAGUGUUGACUUAUCCCCACAACAGGAUGACUUAUCUUCAAGGGCACAAGGGUGAAAGAAGCAGAAUAACACAGAAAACAGAUCCACCUCUGAAAAUAGAGGAAUGUUCUGCAUUUUCUCACUCAGUAGCAAAUCUUACGCUAAUUAAGUCUGUAGGCUAUAUAAUUUACAUGCAUGUUUCAUGAUGUAAAGUAUCUCUAAAAUGCAGUCUGAAAAGUUUGUCCCACCUUCCCUGGAGUCACGUUGGCAUUUUCAUAUGCUGGUCGAUGUGAGUUUCAUUUUGUGUGUUCGUUUUGGAUCAUAUGUCAAUCUUAUAGAAGGGAAUGAUCAGUUCAUACACAUUCUCUGAUCUUUUGGCUAAUUUGGCCCAGGAUGCUUGUUCCAAAACACACACUGCAAAUGAAAGUGAUCAAAAGCAAAGGUUGAAUACUCUAGAACAAGGGUACUCAACUCUUACCCUACGAGGUCCGAAGCCUGCUGUUUUUCUGUUCUACCUGAUAGUGAAUUGCAUCCACAUGGUGUCCCAGGUUUAAAUCAGUCCCUGAUAAGAGGGGAACAAUGGGAAAAAAGCAGUUGAACUGGCUUCGAGGUCCAGAGUUGAGUUUGAGGGCUCUAGAACAUGUCCAGCAAUCUCAUAAAACACUUAAAAAGGUGUCAUGUCAGUAAAAGGAUUGCCAAAGGAUAAUGCAGAAAACACUGAUAGUCAUUUCUUGAGGUAAAAUAGCCUAAGUUUGUUGUAGAGGUAAUCUAUGCUACACUCUUAGAAGAAAACAGUUAUUCGGCUGUCCCCAUAGGAGAACCCUUUUUGGUUCCACGUAGAACCAUUUUGGGUUCCAUGUAGAACCCUCUGUGGAAAGGGUCCUACAUGGAACCCAAAAAGGUUAUACCUGGAACCAAAAGGGUUAUAAUUGGAACCAAAAAGGGUUCUUCAAAGGUAAAUCAAUUUGAAUUCAAUCACUUUUUGACAACAUCCCUUUUGAUUUAAACAAAACUUUCCAUUCAUGUUUGCCCAUGGAAGAAGUGGUUCGAAAGUUAAUUUUUUUUACCUUAAUGCCAAGACAUUCAGGAAAUAAAGGUGCUGAAAGUUGACCCAUUUUGCAUACCUCGUGCACCAUACAAUGAGACAUCCAUAUCUUCAUCACUGGGAAAUAUAAACAGUUGAGUUUGAUGUCAUUUAAAAGCUUACAAACAGUGUUGUCAAAAUAUUUUAUAAUUUAUAGAUAUUUUGUAUUAAGUACAUUUUUAACCUUUUAAAGUCGAUUAUCUAAAAACGUGUAAACUCAGAUAUUUUUCAUAUUCACAUAUGUUAUAGCUUAGAUCCUACUUUACAUCCUCUGAGGUUUUGUGUUGUGUCUGCUAUCAGUUGAGACUCAACAUGCUCUUGAAUACAUUUAAAAUAAUAGAAAUAGGUCCAUUCUAUGAAUUCUAUCUCUUCAGACCACUGCAAUUUAGUUGGUAGGCUACACUAUUAAAAUGUAAAUUGAAUUGAAAUGUUUACUUCUAAUUACUACCAUAAAUAUUGGCCGCUGGUCCACCCACGUUGAAUUUGAAUUUAAAUGGUCAUGUCUAUUCUAUGAUCUACAUUUCUAUGAUUUCAAUAAGUUUCAUAUGGAGGAUUGACGGUAUAAUUUAAAACAGAUAUCCCCAUUCAAGUCAACAUUCCCAUCUUUGUGGUACCAUUUGAAAGUUGACAUUUCAAUUUUAUUCCCAUUUUAAUACAUUUAUCAGCCAAAACAUGACACCCACCCUUAACCGAUGGCGGGCACAACACAAAAACCUCAGAAUUAUGUAAAAUAGGCUCUAAGCUGCAACAUAGGCGAAUAUUUACGCAGUUUUAGAUAGGCCUAAUUGACGUUAAAGGUUAAAAAAUAAUGUCACAUGUUCUAUUAAACUUUUUUUUCACGAAAUUAUAAAAAAGUUUGACAACCCUGUUUGUAAGCUAUUAAAUUAUAUAAAUCUCGUUGAUCUUUUCCAGUGAUGAAGACAUUGAUGUCUCAUCCCACUGGGCACACUCUGGUUGAAUCAACGUUGUUUCCGUGUCCUUUCAAUGAAAUUACGUUGAACCAACGUAGAAUUGACGUCUGUGCCCGGUGGGGUAUGCAAAACAGGUCAACUUUGAGCACCUUUAUCUCUUGAAUGUUUUGGCAUUCACGUCCAAAGAAUAACUUUGAGCCCUUCUACAAUGUAUGGAAGUUUUUGUUCAAAUCAAAAGGGGUGCUGUCAAAAAGUGAUUGAAUUCAAAAGGAUUUACCCCAAAGGGUUCUCUUUUGGGUACUGCCAAAUAACCAUUUUAGGUGCUAGAUAUCACCUUUUUUUCCUAAGAGUGUAUGACUCAAACCCGAGGGCGCUAUAUAGGUUGUCGGUCUCCAUAGGCUUCUGCAGACAUGUCUUAUAAGCUUCUGUCAAUUCACUGCAGUGCCGGUUGUCAACAUGGCUUGAUUGGCAACUACUUUUGAUAUUAUCGGAAAGCUCCUCCAUCACGGUAAGGCUGCUGAGGGAAAUCGCUUGCAAACCGGAGCACCGAUUAAGUGAGAGGAUUGCAGUAAUGAACCCAAUGACAUGUAAAUAAACCCGUCGUCCUCUUCCCAACGUCAUAGACCUAUUAACGUGCAACAAGGAUAGGCAUAUCUUACCCCGCUUAGUCUGCAGGCAGAGCGCCUGAACAACCUCGGCGUAGUCUCGUAGCAGACAGACACGAAAAAGGCGAAUAACUCCUUGCAGGCCUACUGUCAACACUUAUACGGUGGUGCUGCCUCACUGAUUCGCCGCUUCACAAGAUGGAAAGAAACAGCGAGUCGUGGCAUGGAGAGGCACGCACGUAGCCUACAAGUUCAACGCCGCACGCUUGUCCUGUGAUGUCAGCACGCUCAGUUACUGGGUGAACUGCAAGAGGCGUGCGCCUCGCACUGUUGCUCUUUAGAAAUUGCAGUUUAAGAUUUCUCAAACCCGCUAGUACUUUCUCGGUACAUGUUUGAAGAGAACCACAAACUGGUGUUGCUUCUUAUACCAAAUCUAUCCCUCCAAUUCAAAAGGCAUUUAGUCAAUUUAAUCGUAAGCAAUAUAAAUCGUAAUUCAUUGAACACACCUUUUUAAAUCAUUAAAAACAUUUUUAUUCAUUGAAAACCCUGUAGGCCUAGACUUGCUCUUCUGUGGUUAAAUAAAGGAUGGUCUCGUUUCCCUCCGCAUAUCCCAAUCAUGUAGGCCUAAUUAUUUAACUUCGGUGAGGUUGUAGGUUCUCUUCAAUUGGUCGUUAGAUAAAACCUACCUGUUUAUCCUGAAAGUCGGAGAAAUUAUACUCCUUAUCUUAUUUUGUGUGUGUGUGGGGGUGGGGUGGGGGGGGGGGGACAAGUAUUGCAUUUUCCUAGAAGAUUUGUCAUAUGACAAGUUAAUUAGCCUAUAGGGGCGGUUUAAUCUCGGACUAUUGUGGGUGGUGGUUAAAUUUAAAUUGCAUGGAAAAUGUAUUUUAAUGGAUAUAUUAAAUGGUAGUACUACCACUUACAGAAUAUAAGACAACAACUGAAGAGACCACUUUAAAGAGCCUCAUGAAAGAACAGGUAAAUUGCAUCUCCAGUUGGAUGUGAUGCGGUUUCAGAACCAUGGACAGCGUCAUCCUGCUCUUCUAUCUCGUGAAAUCCACUGGAAGAUCAUGGAGUGGGCUAGAUAGCACUGCUGCCCAAAAGCUUGUCUCAUUGGGCAUUUCUCAUGCUCAUCUAGCCCUUUCGUUCGUUGGCCUAUUUGUUGGAGAAUCUGUGUCAAACCUUGUCAAUGGUGUACAUGAGUGUUUCUGGCGGAGGGGUGGGGCGAUAUCAAUGACAGACUUUUGACCACUGGGCACAGACAUCAUUUCAACAUCUAUUCCACGUUGGUUCAACGUAAUUCCGUUGAAAUGACGUGGAAACAACGUUUAUUCAACCAGUGUGUGCCCAGUGGGUACAUUUCAAUAUGUCUUUAUGUGUUGUUCAUUGGAGGGUCAAAUAAAAAUCUCAAGCUUUUUGAUGUUGUCAGAGAAGAGGCAAUAAACGUUUUUUUAUGUGAUAAAGUGGGCCAAAAUAGUAACGACCCACUGGGCACAGACGUCAAUUCAAUGUCUAUUCCACGUUGGUUCAACGUAAUUUUAUUGAAAUUACAUGGAAACAACGAUGAUUCAACCAGUGUGUGCCAAGUGGGGAGGCUGGGGAGAAGUUUUCCUUCAAUGUUUUUAGUCAACAUCCUGCAUGUUUUAGGCUGUGUUGCUAAUAUCAUUUAUGUCUGUCUGUCUGUCCAUCUGUCUGUUUUUUUCUCUGUCUGUAUUGAGUAUGUUGCUAAAACAAUGGUCACAUUCGAGGCGAGCAUUUCAGAAUAUGACCUCACGUUCCUCACCUGCUCUGGGGAAUGUUUGUUGGUCAACAGAUGUCGCCCUUCGUGAAAGCAUUCAGCUUCAAGUCCAGUGGUUCUCUCCGCAUUCAAAUUAAGCCCAACAUAAUAUUGUCCUUUAACUUAGUUGACAUAUUCACUUCAAAUAAGAAGUAUAUUAUUUAACAUCUGAAUGUGUAGGCUAUAUAUAAUCAAUUCCCAUUUCAUAUUUUCUCUCCAUGCCAUUAGGCAUGUCUCAUUAACAGCCCACACAAUACAUUUGAAUAUGCACCAAGUGCCUGUCCAUGCAUGAAAGAGAGCUCUCAGUUCUGCUGUCUUUAAAGGCCAUUCGCAGCUGUUUUAGUUGUAUGGAUUUGAUGCAGCGCCUCAGCAUCUGUUUUUUUUCAGAGGCAGAACGACGAAUGUGACCUGAAUGCAGGGCAUGACUUAAUAAUGGAAUGAGAAGCAAAAACUCAUUUAAAACAGUCUGUUGAAGAAUCUGAGGCUCUGAAUCGCGCUUUCACAGCGUUAGUCAUCACAGCCGAAACCCCUUCUAUCUGCUGAACUGAUUGCAGCUUUUUCAAUCGAUCUUUUAUCUUCUUUUUUUUAGGGAUAGGCCUAUGUCCACUGUAAUACGCAAUUUUAAAACGGGACGCGUGAUGCAUUUUUCUGUUUUAUUUAAUUAUUAAAUUGAAACGUGAAACCGUCUGGUGAUGGGGAAGAGCAUGAAGUGAUUGUCAUUUGUCGGCGUUUGGGGGUAGUGUGGUGACCGAGCAUUGGUGUCGGGGUAGGCUACAUCAUAGUGCUCCAAUCUUAAAUAUCAUUUUUGUGGUGGAGCCCUUCGCAAUCCGCAUAUUUCUCUCCGUCUCUGGUAAGUGGGGGAGGCGGAGAGAGACAGGGUAGUUGGAAAAGGCGGUUUAUUACCCGUGGAACAAAACACUGUUUCGUUAGGGGCAUGAAUCGUAUGCAUUUUUUGCAAGUGGACUAUAAAACGAAUUGUUCACUGCAGCAUUUGGCGUAUUUUCUCUGCGGCGAAUGAUACAGAAAACCAUCAGUGCUGAGCACGGCGCCCACCCGACCACUGCAAUUUUUGGGCAAAGAUAGACUGGCGUCGUCUUGCGGAUAGGCUACUAUGGCAGCAUAGGAGCAUCUUCUGAUGGGGAGAAUCCAUGAAUCCCUUGCAUUUUAGAAUGUAUUUUUAGCAGAAUGCAGUGAUGGGAUUUUAAACCCAGCAUCAUUACGCGGUUUCCGGUUCCUAGCUGGUAUUUCCACAUUGCAAAAUUAUUGGAAAAAGCAGCGGAUCCCGAUGGCAUGGACACUUACGCAAGGUCUGCCGCGCUGCCGUGCUACUGGAGCUUAUUUGCUGUCUCUUCCUUCAACCCAGCUCCACCGCCAUCGCCCCGCAGCCCAGAGAGCCCUGCCACAACGCGAUCAGCGACCACCGAGCCAAAGCAGGCGGCAUGAGGCUUGAUUCAGUACAUUUAUCCAUGCUGGUCAUCGGGGUCUCCUUCGCCUGCUACUCCCCGAGUUUGAAUUCCCUGCAGGACCAGGCUUACAAAUCCGCUGUGGUGAUCGAGGGCAAGGUGCAGUCUGCGCCUCUGAACGUCUCAGCGGAGCCGUACCGUGUGAGUGUCAAAGUGCUGGACGUGUGGCCGCGGAACAGCGGGGGUCUGGGACGGGAGCAGCUCGUCACCGUGGGGGAAUUCGGAUCGGAGGCUCCGUGCACCACAGUGAUAAAGAAUCACAAGUACAUUUUUUUCAUGGACCCAACCGAGGAGCCCUUGGUUUUCAAGGCAUCGUAUGCUCCCGUAGAUACUAGUGGGAAGAAUCUAAAAAAAGAUGUUGGGAAGAUAUUGUGUGAAAACUGCGGUAAGUUUAUUCUUUAAUCUUGCCACUGAAGUCGAACCUGGCAAAGCACAUCAAAUGAUUAUGACUGUACUUCCUUCAGUUGCAACUAGCCAUACGUUCUUCCCCUGUCCAUAAGUCUAGCUACAUGUGGAAUAGUGAUUUAAUGUUUGAGAGUGAGUAACAGAUGGGUGAGGGUGCCCAUGGACAUCUCUGCUGCAAUAUUCGAAAAUAGAAACAUUUAGGCUAGAGGUAUCAAUAGGCUUCAUGAUGCCAUUGACAAGCACGCACGCACGCACACACACACACACACACACACACACACACACACACACACACACACACACACACACACACACACACACACACACACACACACACACAGGCACUUUACAUGUAAGAUUCCAGAAACGCAAGGCGUGGAUCAUUUGGUUGAUUAAAACAAUGAAUUACCCACCGUGCAGCAGACGUUGCAUUAAUGCGAGUGUCGAUGCAGUAGGCCUACGCGCACACACAUAAACACGCAUACACACAUGCACGCACACACGUGGAUAUUGAUUCUCGUGGAAAUCUGUCCUUCAUGCAAAAAAUAAUAAUUCUAACCUGAUUUGCAAAUGCAUAAGUACGGUCACGUUUCUUAAAGUGGCAGUAGUAGUCUACAUGUCAAUUCAAUAUGUUUCAUAUUUCCAUGAAAAUCUAUGAUGAGGCAGCCUGGGGGAUCUCUAAAGCCUGCCGGUUGCUGCUUUGCGCUUGUGUUCUGGGCCUUCAGAGCAACGGUGCCGGCAGUGGAUCCCUUUCAACACAAGUUAGGACGCAUCGAACCUGUAGCCUACUUUCCCAUCCCCAUCAACGUCAUACUAUGCUGCUCUCUGCGUAUUAAGGAAGUAAACUGCUAUGGUCAGGGGGUGAAACUGAUUUACGCACAAGCAUAUAGGGUGAGGGCCCUGGCCCUCACCCUAUAUGUUCAGAUCCUGAAAGUAAAUAAGAAAUAGAAGGAUACUAGGCUCAGCCAUAGAGAGAAAUAGGUCAAUUGGAUGUACCCAUGGUCGAUCUUUCUUACCACGUUUUGAGCAGCAUUAUUGUUGCCUAUGCUUUAUGUGUAAGACGACAACGUGCAACCAGAAUCAAACUAAGACCAGGGUCUCCCGACUUCCUUGACCUCGAGGAAAUGGCUGUAUUUCCCCUCAUUGCAGUUAUCUCAUUCCUCUGUGUGGUCAGUCUGUCCAUGCUCUCAUAGAAUGUAUCAGUUACAAGCACGAAUUUUGACACUGACGGGCAAAAUGGCAACUUAAACCCCUGUCCAUGGUGCUGAUUCUUUGGCGCAGUAACUGACCAGAGUUGCCGAAGGCCUAAAUGGGCUGAGCCUGACAACUCUUCAUGUGAUGACACAAAUCACAAAGGAUCUUAAUAUCACAGGAGGUUGGUGGCACCUUAAUUGGGGAGGACAGGCUCGUGGUAAUGGCUGGAGCAGGAAUUAGUGGAAUGGUUUCAAAUACAUCAAACACAUAGUUUCCAUGUGGUUGAUGCCAUUCCAUUUGCUCCAUUCCAGCCAUUAUUAUGAGCCGUCCUCCCCUCAGCAGCCUCCACUGCUUCACAUUACCACCUGGAAUGGAGCUACACCUGACAAUUUAUUGGUCCAUAGUUUUAUACUCUUACUCAUGUGACUUGCAGGGUGGUUUCAAUUCUAAAUGCAAUUCACUAGUUUACAGCUCCUGGAUAUUAGCAACAUUGGAUAUUAUGCUCCAGUUAAACUUAAGACAGGAGAACAUGGUAAUCAUAUGAAGAUUUCUGAAUAUAGAGCUUUAUGUUUAUGUAGAUUAUGUAUUUCCCCCCCAUUAAAACUAUAGCUGGAUGCAUGAGGAGGACAUUUUAAGUUGAUUGUCUUGAGUAAAAGUUGUGACACUCCAGGUUCAGCAUUUAGCAGCAUCUCUCUGUUCCAGCUUGAAUGAGGCACAAUUUGUUCCUUACUUGAUUUGUGAUGGGUGGAUUAUGUUACUAACAAGGAUGGGCUGCAGUUUCUACCAAAGGUACUGAUGGUUGCUAUUUAUGAACAUUGCUCACAUACAUUUCCUCUUGAGUUGGCAGUUUGUUUUUAAAUAAGACAAGGGAGUUUAUACAGUACCACACUGUAGUUCAGAAGAUAUUAAGAGGCCCAUUGUACUCUAUUUAUUUGAUGUGAUUUGUCUUAGAACUGUUCUGAGAUCUGAUUGGAGGCCCCAGUUGAACGGGCUGUUGUAGCACUGGUUGCCUUUGUGCCUCUCUGGAUUGACAGGCAGUCAGACAGAAGGACAGCACGGGCACACUGACUGACUGGGAUUUAAAAUAUGUCAUGUCUGCCUUUUAGCUCACAUUUUGGGAUAAGAAUAGUAUUUUGUGCCCGUCCCUUAUGGCUCAGCCUAGAUUGAAAGACUGUAGUUGAAGGUAGUGUGGCGGGGGCCCCUAGCUUUUUGUCUACCCAUAGACUCCAUGGAGGAGACCUACAUAUUAGCACCCUCUAGCCUAUGUUUCUGUCUGUGUGUGUGUGUGUGUGUGUGUGUGUGUGUGUGUGUGUGUGUGUGUGUGUGUGUGUGUGUGUGUGUGUGUGUGUCUGUGCCGUGCGUGUCCUGUCUCUAUUUGGGAUUUUGCUCUGUACUUAUCCUUGGUGUAUUAAUGUUUGUUGUCUUUUUGCAUAGCAUGCAUUUCAUAUCCAGACAAACAUUGCAUAAAGAAGUACCAGCACAUAUGAUAUGAAGAAGAACACAACUGCAAAAUAGUGUUGGUAUGACACUGGAGGGAAGCAUCUACUCCCACUGCUGACAGGUCACAGCUGCAGUGAGGUGGGAGGCAUGGAUUUGCCCAUGGCUCUGUACAGCAGUGAACCGAGAGAGCACUCUGGUACAGAGCACAGCUAUAUGGCACAACACAUGAAUAACAUCUGUUGAUGGGGCCAGGGCUUUGCUCCCUCUACAUGAGGAGUAUGUCUGAUGGUCAUACACCUCAACAGGCAGGCGCACAGGGAACCAAUAUGAAAUAAUGGACUUUGGUCAGGAACAGGUAGGCUUUAUGGAUUGGUAUGACUGCAAUGGGAAUCUGAGGUUAAGAGGUAGGAUUUAGUGUUGUCAGGAUAUAGUGUGUAGACCACUAGGGUCAAUAGAAUAGAAAGAGAUGUUGAUAGGUUGGGAUGAGGCCCUCUGUUGGUAGAGACUGGUACCUGGCUGCUGUGUGGGAGGCCUGCAGGCAGCAGCUUCAUCAGGUGCAUCUCUCUCCGUCCAACUUCCUUACUGCUGGAUAGACGGGAGUGUGGGAUGUUGUUCCAUCUCUUCAGCUCAUACACAGAGUGCCUGUGCUCACAUCUGUGCUGUUUUGGUAUCUUACCACAAGCACUACAGGAGGAUCUUAUAUUUACCUGUAGUGGACAUUCAAAUCAAAUCAAAAUCAAAUCAAAUGUAUAUAUAAAUGACAUCAGGAAGAUAUUGUGUUGCUCUUAUACUUAUGUAGUAACAAUGUAUACUUAUUCUAGUAACAACAAUGUAUUAACAUGUUUUUACAUGUUAUUAUUAGAUAGCAUUUAAGUAUUUGCGUUAUUUGCAGUGUAAUUGCAUAGUAAUGGAGUUGAAUGGUUUUUAAACUUUUUGAGGUUUGUAGUUGUAAGACAGCAGGGGUUUGCGGAUCUCAGAAAGGCCAGUGUGUGAUGGACUGGGGGCUGAGGCCAGAGCGGCACAUUGACUGACUUAGCAGUGGGAUCCUCAGGAAGGAGUUGGUAUUGAUUCAGGUCACACAUGAUGAUCAAUGUUUGUGUAGGGUGUUGUGUGUGUUCCCUGGGUGAUGUAUUUAUACACUGAGCCCCGCUGGCUCUUUCCUCUACUCUCCAGGGCUCUGUCACCAGCCAGAUGUACGACUGCUAG